AUGGCGAUAGAGAUGGCGAUGCGACGGGCAGUGAUCACGGCGGAAUAUCUGGCAGAGGACAGGAGUUCACAGUUGGUGGGGAUCUCCAUCGCCUUCGCAGUUCUCACAACAAUUAUCCUGGGUCUACGAUUUUUCGCAAAAAGAUUCCAAGGAGGAGGCGUAUAUGCCGAUGAUAUGUUCCUGAUUGCGGCUUAUGUUGUCAAUCUCGGAAUGUGUGCUGUUGGGAUAAUUAUGACCAAGAUUGGCGGCGUCGGUCGCCACGUCGAAUUCGUCGAGGAGUUUCACCCAAAACAACUCACCGGCUGGGCGCAGUCCAUCCUCGCCUUCGAACUUAUUUACUUCACGUCCGUCGCGCUGCCUAAGCUGGGCAUCAUCUGUCUAUAUCUGCGCAUCUUCAACUGGAAGGGCGCAAUGCGUAACGCGGCAUUGGUCCUCUUUACCCUCACCGCCAUGACAUCCGUCUCUCUCGUCGUAGCGGCCUGCUUCCAAUGCACCCCGAUCGCUUUUUGGUGGGACAGGACCAUCCCAGGGGGACGCUGCUUCGACGUGCAGGCCUUCUUCCACGCGCAGGCUCUACCUGGGUUUGUGCUUGACUUGGCAAUCAUGGCAUUGCCAAUGCAGACUAUUUGGCAUCUGAAGAUGCCAAUGGUCAAGAGGUUGGCGCUGGUUGCUGUGUUUCUUGUCGCGAGUUUCGGUAUCAUCGCAUCCGUCAUCCGCGCAAGAAUCUUCUUCAGCACGGCUGCCUUCGGCGAUCGCACCUUUGCGUCAGUCGACCUCGUCGGUUGGUCCAUUAUCGAGACAAGCGUGUACAUUAUUACAGGCUGCCUGCCUCACCUGCGCGCCCUGGUCUCGCACUACACUCCAGAAUCGAUCAAGAAGGCGAUCAAGAGCAGCCUCAGCUCGGUCACGACCAAGUAUGGCAAAUCCAAGGGCACGUCGGGAUUCUCGGGUUCCAAGUCGUUCGGACAAAGCAAGAAGGGCAACACCGUCCAGGUGCACGCGCUAGACGACGAUGCUAUCGAGCUCACGAGGCAAAACAACAACUGGAGAAGGCUGUCAGGCGACGACCUCGAGAGCGGCGCGCCGAAGACUGGGAUGACGAUGCGGAGUGGCGACACGUGGCUGCAGGAUGCGUCGCCAACGGUGAAUGUCAGGAGCUCGCAAGAUAUGUUUCAGUCGCGGGAUCGGCUUGGGACUCCAAAUGACGGUCAGAUCACCGUCACGACAGAGGUCAGGCUGACUAGGGACUAG